AUGAGCACCGCCAUUGCCAUGGCCGCGUCUCCGGCUCCUCACGACAGGCCAAACUACGGCUCCGACGUCUCCCAAUCCACCGCUGCGCCCGCUUCCACAUCGUCGCCCAGCGCGCAACGAACGGCCGCUGUACCACCACCGCUGCCCCCAUCCUCUUCGAACCCGAAUGCGCCAGCUCCCCGGUCAGGUAGUGGCAGCCCCCGAGCUGUGGGUGCGACACCCGCUGCACACAAGUCCUCUCCACCCAGCGCUUCUCGCAGCGCUGGUGGCUCGGCACCCAGGAUCAUCGUCAAGAAGGAACCAGGCUCGCCCGACGUACAACAACAACAACAACAACAACAACAACAACAACAAAUACAACAACCACCACCCACUGCCAGGCACCGACCCAGCAGACUGGAUCUUUCCAAGAACACAAACACCAACAACGGCGUUCCCGGUUCUGCGCGACCGCUCACUGCCCGUGACACUAGCGGACUCGGAAUCAAGGAAGUCGGUAUCGCUUGUCUAUCGCCCGGUUUCGUCACACACGACCCGCUCAUGAAGGAGCAAGUACAUCGCAGUAUGAGUGUGAAGGAGCAGCAGAAGCGGAUCAUCGAAUCCAGGUUACAACAACAGUCGGCCGGCUUCAAGGCCCCUGAGAUUCCGGAUAGGGCGGAUAGGGAGAAGGAUGGAGGUCACUUCGCCGCAAAGACACCAGGCCUAGCACGGAAGCGUGGCCCGCCGCCAGGAUUGAGCAUCGUCGCUCCCUCCCACGAGCAGUUCGCCAACGAAAGGGUUAUCCAGUCUGCGCCCCUUGGCCAGUCGUUCCCAGGCAGACAGAACCCUCACCCAUUGACCCGUCACCUCAUCAACCAUGGUUCGAAUCUCGCCAGCACAUCGCACAUCCACCAUGUGCCUGCCAAGCAAACGAACAACAGACUGCCGCCAAUUGCCGAUGUAUUUGGUCAGGGCUUGUCUGGCCAUCCCGAUUCAAGCGGACACGCUCUCUUUGCCAGCCAGAGUCACAGCCACGGACCGCUAGCAUCACCUCACCACCCACCGCCGCCUCCUCCGCCGCAACCUCAACCUCCUACAUCUGCCAGGCAAAGGGAGUACAAGUCCGCCGAAGAAGCACAACAAGACCUGGCGGCCGGCCGAACAGAACUACUGCCCAAGUAUGUACACUAUAACAGCAGCAGCAGCAGUAGUCAACACCAACCCCCGACACCGCCAUCUCCCCCCAACGGCCCAGCGCAUCACCACGCACCACCACCGCCAACAUAUCUGCCUUCUACGCACGCAUCAUCCUCUCAAAGAGGCUCGCACUCUCAUAUUAGUAAUCAUAUGACUGACGCCAGCCGAAGCGCCAGCAACAAUACUCCCGGCAAUAAUUACAGCAGCAGCAACAUGCACAGCAGCACACUUCCCUCGUCGUCUGCUCCUAAGAGGAGGACGCGAGCCGAGUACGAGGAAGGUGGGAGCCCCCCGCUCGGUAAUGGGAGGGCGCCACAGAGGAGGUCAGGACCGUUUGGCGAAGGAAGAGAUAGCCCCGAGACACAAAGGGCGAAGAAGGAGGAGUUCAUCAGGCUUUGCGAAAGAGCUUGGGAUCUUUUCCACUCAUGA